UGACCGCUUUGUUUUGCAGGUCAGAAACACAACACUGAGAGGAGAACAAACAGUACACGGUGUGCUGGGCUUUUAUACACACACCAACUGCGUCGGGAACAAAGACGAGUGUUUUUAUAAAGGGUUCUGCGGUGAAGAGGAGACACACACACAGGAAUAUGCAUUCAGAAAAGAUGUUUAAACAAAGGAGGACGUUUGAACAGAGAGUGGACGACGUGAGGCAGAUCCGAGAGCAGCAUCCCAACAAAAUCCCGGUGAUCAUUGAGAGGUACAAGGGCGAGAAGCAGCUUCCUGUUCUGGACAAAACCAAGUUUCUGGUUCCUGACCACGUCAACAUGAGCGAACUCAUCAAGAUCAUCAGGAGGCGUCUGCAGCUGAACUCGAACCAGGCCUUCUUCCUGCUGGUAAACGGCCACAGCAUGGUCUCCGUGUCUGCCGCCAUUUCCGAGGUGUACGAACGCGAAAGGGACGAGGACGGCUUCCUCUACAUGGUCUACGCCUCUCAGGAGACGUUCGGAGCGGCGCAGUAAACCUCCUCGUCAGGGUUUUCGCUUUCGGACACUGAUACGAUCCCUCGCUCACGUCCUCCUCACUUCCUCCUUCCUCACACAGAAGCAGACGCCAGACACUUCAGGACCGAGACGGACGUCUCUCCCGUCCGUUCCGCCGAGAGCCGGUUUCUGUCUUUCUUCUCAUUGUGAAGGAGACGCUCCUUCUGUUCCUCAACACACUUCAGCUAGCGAUUAGCCUCCGAGCGUCGGCUAGGCUACAGACACACGCGUGUGUUUUACUGUCAGCUUCAUCGACCGUGUGCGUCACGGGUCCGAGUCUGCGUCUGAUCAGAUCUUUUUUUUUUCUUCUUCUUCUUCAUUUUACAGUUUUAUGCUUUAGGCUUGUUGUGUGUGAGUGUUGUCGCUGAUCUAGUUGUAUAGCGCAAGCUCUGAGGUCAGGUUCAGCUCACCGUCUGUGUGAAGAAGCUUCACAUGGUUUUUUUUAAUGCUUUGUUUUUAUUUGUUAUCGCGGCUCUCGGGUUCUGACCCAUCUCUUUAUGGUGAUCUGCGGUCGGACGUCAUAUCAGCGUAUUUUACAGAAGAUUCAUCCGUUUUUACUGCUUUCGGAAAAGAGAAGGGAGCAACUGUGAUGAUAAACUACACACACACACACACACACACACACACACACACACACACACACACACACACGGCUAGACCCCAUCGUUAGAGCUGCAUCGAUCUCAUACUGAUGUAUCCUGUUACACUUUUUCAAGAUUUAACAGUUCUGUGAUGUUUUCCUGGGCGGAGCCAAAGAGGUGAUGUGGCUUUAGGGGCGGAGCUUAACCAGGAAACCGAAAAGAUUUUUUUGGUUUAGAUUUAAUUUACACAGGAACUGCGAAGUAAAAUUCACAGCGUCAGCUUACCGAUCGACCGCUUCGUCAUCGCACAACCUGCUGGUUGCCUUGGUUACAGCGAAAGCUUCCGGUCUCGGACUCGUGACUUACGCGAUGUCAUCACCACCGUACGCCGUUUUGUACAGAGCAUCGACAUCUUCAGUCUGUCUGACGUUUAUUACGAUAUCGUUGAUUUUUUUUUACAUUUUAACUAGUUUUAUCGUAUCGUAUGAUCCGUUAGAUCCGUGAUCCAGUUCCAUCACAUCGUUGCAGCCUCUGCCUCAGAUCCCAGACUCGUCUCGUCUCGUCCUGCCGAAGCUGGGAUGCUUCAGAUGACUAAAAAUAAAUCCAUAUGAGGGCAAAACCAUCAUCAUGUCAAAGAUUUAGCAAAAUAAUAAUAAUAAUAAAAGGGAAGGAGAAGCAGAUGAAGGGAAGGGAGCUGGUUUGUGUUUGGAACACAGCCGACAUCAUCGCCUUUCGUCUCGCACGCUUUUUAGACUUUUAUUAGAGCUUUAUUUACCUUUACAGAUGCAUCCUGUGUGUAUACGUGGCUGUGUGUACACAAGCGUACGACAAAAACACUUUAGAUGCCUUUUAUCUUUUACAUUUAACCUGAAUGUUUUUAUUUAAAAGAAACGUUUCCUUGUAAAAAACAAACAAAAAAAACAACGUUCAUAUGCUGUACUUCUGUGUAAGGAACAAAAACGAAAUAAACAGCUAUUUCUUUGAAA